CACGUAGAUGAAGCGUAGACUUCGGAGACGUGCCCACGCUCAACGUUCUGGCGUUCCUCGUCGCCCUCGUCUUUGAUGGAGGAUAGUCGGAACGCGAAGCAGCGCAAGAAGUUUUUGUCCCUCUCGCACUCUCUGUCGCCGUCAUCUUUACGUCAUCGACUUCGCCCAAGACAUGCCGGUGCCGUGGACGGCCAAACGAGCAUUUCCCAGCCGCCACUGCCGCCUCGCCUCCUUCUCCUCUUCCUCUUCAUCCUUGUCGUCGUGGACUCAGGCGAUCCGUUCCGCCGCGGACCUUGGCCGCUCCCGCCGCGCCGUCUACCUGUACGCUCACAUGCUACGCUCCGGCUGCCGCCCCGAUCCUUUCGCCGCUGCAGCCGCCCUCAAGGCCUGCGCUCGAAUUCCUUCGAAGCCCCUCGCCGUCGCCAUUCACGGCCAUCUCCAAAAACUCGGCUUCGACUCCCACGUCUACGCUCAGACCGCGCUCGCCGACCUCUACUCUAAGCUCGAUGGCAUGGAAGCCGCGCGGAAGAUAUUUGACGGAAUGCCUGUGAAAAACGUCGUCUCGUGGAACUCGAUCCUCUCCAUGCACAUGAGAGCAGGAGAAUUGGAGGCCGCUCGGAGAGUCUUCGAUGAGAUGCCCGUAAGAGAUGUGAUCUCCUGGAAUUCGAUCAUAUCGGGGUAUGCCAAAGCUGGGGACAUGGACAGUGCGGCUGAAUUAUUCGAUUGCAUGCCAGAGAGGAACCCUGCUUCGUGGAAUGGGAUGAUUAGCGGGUACAUUAACCGUGGGGAUAUGGGGAUGGCGAGGGAGUUCUUUGAGGAAAUGCCUGUCAGAAGCAAUGUUUCUUGGAUUGCGAUGAUCUCUGGGUACACAAGGUGCGGUGAUGUUGCAUCUGCGUGGGAGAUUUUUGAUCAGAUGGAAAAGAAGGAUCUUUAUGCAUGGAACGCGAUGAUUGCUUGCUAUGCGCAGAAUGGAUGCCCUAGAGAGGCUAUUCAGUCAUUCAAUAGGAUGCGAAAGCCAGAUUCAGGUGUUGAGCCAGACGAGAUGACUUUUUCUAGCGUUAUAUCAGCUUGUUCGCAGUUGGGGAAUUUGAGAUUUGGGUUGUGGAUCGAGGAGUAUAUGCGCUUGUUGGGAAUUGAAUUGGAUGAUCACUUGAGGACUGCUCUUGUGGAUUUGUACUCUAAGUGUGGUGGCAUGGACAAAGCUUUUGAGCUUUUCAGUGGAUUCAGGAGGAGGGAUUUAGUGUCUUAUAGUGCGAUAAUUUUGGGGUGUGGUAUCAAUGGGAGAUCCAAUGAUGCAAUCAAAUUGUUUCAAAAGAUGUUGGAUGAAAAGGUUUCCCCAAAUGCAGCAACAUUUGUUGGGCUUCUGACAGCAUAUAACCAUGCUGGUUUGGUUGAGGAAGGCCGUAGAUGUUUUGCUUCUAUGUCCAAAAAGCAUAAAGUUGCACCGUCAGUGGAUCACUAUGCAAUCAUCGUGGAUCUUGUUGGUCGCAGUGGUAGGUUGGAAGAAGCUUAUCAGUUGAUCAGGAAGAUGCCAAUGCAGCCUCAUGUGGGUGUCUGGGGAGCCUUACUUCUGGCUUCUAGGUUACAUGGCAACAUAGAAUUUGGGGAGCUUGCUGCCAGGAAUUGCUUUAAGAUGAAGCCUGAAGAAAGCGGUUAUUAUCUCCUGUUAGCUGGUCUCUAUGCCGAAGCUGGAAAAUGGGAGAAGGCUAAGAGACUGAGAAAGAUGAUGGAAGCAAAAGGAUUAUAUAAGAUGCCAGGAUGUAGCUGGGUAGAACCAACAUAGGUCCCUCUGCUUUUGGUUAGGUUGAUGCCAGAUGAUGCGACGGCUGCAAAACAAUUCCUUAGUGAUAACAAUGGAGUCAUUCUCUCAGAUGUUAUGCAUUCGUAGAUUGCAUGCACUUCCAUGAUGCCCAUGACAUGUUUAGCUUUUGAAAGUAGAUGAUGCAUCAUUCAGCAGGAAUUUCAAAUUCUGAGCAGGUCUGCUCAUAAAAUGUUUGCGGAAAAUGCACCACCAGGUUGUUACAUGGGUGGUGUUAUACUCCAUUGACAGUUUACCAUCAACAUCGACGAGUUUCAACUUGUGUUGUGACUGAAAUACUGUUGCUGGACAGAAUCUACACUGAUAUAAAUUGGGCGAAGAUUCAGAGCAUUUAAAUUCUGGUGAUGUUUGUUGUCUCUAAAGUUCUAGUUCUUCCACCACUCAAAAGUUUGUCAUUCAAAAACUCAUGUCAACUCCUCAAAAGUCCUUGAAAAACUCAUGUCCACCUGUCUAUCAUGAUCCAAUCAGUCCUCCGGAGAGUCAGAAAUGGAAUUGCUUCUUCCGGGGGAAGAUAAUAGUUUUAGAGAUGAGCGGAGAAGGGAAUACACACAACAAGAAGCCUAAACGAUGUAGUCAGCUUACGCUUCAAAGCUUUGUGCCAUCCAGAUUCGAAUGAGGAUGAAUCCUCGAUUCUGCAGAACGAUAAAGAAAACUCUUCUCCUAGACUGAUGCUUGUCGGCAACUUCUGGGUAUCACAUGCUGGAUCUUUUCCGUGAAUAAUUCUAAGUUCUGGACUAACCAUAAUUAGUUGGUAAACUGUUAAAAUGUUACUGGGUAGAAUACAUUGAUGGUUGACCACAGCAGGCAGUGGCAUUGUUCCUGGAAACAAUAAAGCGACGCAGUUGUCCUGGGGCUGAAACAGUCAACAUAGGUCUCUGCAACUGCAACUAAGGCACUAAAUUAGCUCAGAAUAUUUCCUGUGCAUGAACGAUUGGAUGCUUCAAAUACUUCCAUUUGUUUGCUGUUGAAUUUUCAUAAAACAUUGUUUUCCGGAGAGUGUACAACAACCAAACAUAACCAGAUAACAAGUGUUUACUUUA